AUGCUUAGGCAUAAUAAAGUGAAGCGUUUUAUACACCGCCCGUCGUGUACGGCGAAAGCCUCACCGCGUUCGAGUGUAAGAAUUCUGUUCUGUCUUGAUCGCCUUGACUGCGACUCGCUACGCCUUUUCGGUGAAAUGCUCCGUGUGGCAUGUGGAAGCCUCGCAGAAAGGCGUGCAUUUUUCGGUGAAAUUCUCUGGUGGCGUGUGGAAGCCAACUCCCAGAAAGGCUCGCCUCAUGCGCCCCGUACACUGGUUGGAGUUUUUUGGCGCUUGAGAGGGCAGAUAUGUUAG